AGCAAAGCAGACAAGGGCCGAGAAGAGCACGGCAAUGCGGAAGUCAACGAAGCGAAGUCCGGAAGUACGGUUCAAUUUCCUACUGGAGGUAAGGCCCGGGACAAAGGUUUUGAUAAGUCAAUAGUAGUAGUUGUUGCUUUCUCGGCUAUUCCAAUAGAAAUGAUUGAAAUUCUCGUAUAGUAGUAGACGGCAGUAGAUCCUACAACGGUAAGGUUUUCAACGGCAACUUCGAUUGCGCCCCAUCUCUACUUCGAUAAAAAGGUUCUAUCCUCGGAUUCGCAAUAGCGACAAAGAAAAAGGAAGGGGCGGGUCCGAUUAGACGAUCAUCCUCAUCCGAAUCAGAAUUAUCUACUUGAACAGAUUCAAUGUGUUCAUCAUGGGAAAUGAGAUGUUGUUGUUUAGCAGGCUGAUCCCUUUCUUCGAUAAACUGCUCCUCGGAUUCAACUGCUGCGUAUAUGACCUUAGUAUCAGGCACUGCGAAAUCCUCUACGGAAACAACGGUACUUCCGAAUCCUAAUCCAAAAAGGCACCUGCUCCUAAAGCAAUUAUCGUAAAUAGAGGUACGGCCCCCCAGCGCUAAAUCGGAUUUAUCGGAAGGAUUGCUUGAUCGAAAGGAAGGAUUGGUUGGCAAAACAGCUUUAGCGAUGACCAGGAUUCGUACUAUUCCUACGAAGCGAGGGACGAGCGAGGCCUAGGAUUAGGAAUUGGAAUCCCCACAUGCAUAGAAGGGUACGGCCCUUUCCCCACAGUCACGGCACCUCGGCCGAAGACACCUAUUCCCUUUCUUUCCAACAAGGGCACGGCUCAAAUCAAUUAAAUAAUACUAUUCCUCGGCAAAUCAAUUAUCCAGUUGUAGAUACGGUACGGCUAAGCCAAUUGAUCUUCUCCUCGGCUCCACAGAAGAAGUCAGUAGUGAAUCAAAGAACUCAUGCAUGUAAUCAGUGACUAGGGAUCGAUCAAUCGGAUGCAACCGAGCCAUACAUCCAGAAUUGGAAAAGGGAUGAUGCAAGAGCAGCGGAAGGUGACUUAGCAACAUCUGUCAUUUCCUAUAGAAAGGAAGGAAAGGAUCUCUCUUCUGUCUAGACGAAAGAUCUCAUUUUUGCUACCGCUCUCCCUCUUAUGAGUCUCUGUCAGCCGUUGUUUAGUAGCUUUCAACGCGAGUUCAGUCAUUCUCUUAUAUACUGAAAAGUACGAACUGACUUAAAGCACGAACAUGAAGGAAAGGCAGAAUUCUAAACAUCUUGAAUCGGAUUCUCUCUUCUCAGAGAGCUUGAGAGUGAAAUGAGUGGGCCGGCCAAAGAAGACCACUAUGGAAGUGAAAGGGGAGGGCAAGAGCGGUUCGAAGGUCAAUGAAAUGGGUGAAGUUCCCCUGUCAAAUAGGGACCGACCCAUGUUCAAUCACUGAAGUGUGGUUGAGUGAGAUGAUCCGCAACAAAUGAUUUGUCAUUGUCUCUAAAUCACUGAAUGAAUUCGUUUUUUAUUUUUAUAUGAGAACUAGAGAGUUCACUAGCGCAGUCAAAGGAGUUGAAUUUCUCGUGAACUUCUGCCGGUUGAAUCAAAUGUGUUUGUUCAGCUUAUAGUACGCCUUCCUUCUUCUUUACUGAACCUAUGGACUUCUUCCACUUAGCAGCUUCCGCACGAAGUCUUCCUCGGGAAUGGUUGAUCUUGGAAUUUCAUCGAGUCACGCGCGCUCCUGAAAAGGGGUCAGGAAAGGAAGAGAGCAUUACGAAUUGCCGAUUUUUUUAGUUAGGUUUGAGUUAGGAGUUAGAGUUUUUCCCCGGAAGUGGCAGCUGUUUAUUAAGUAGAGUCGGUUGCUGUUCUUGCUAGUGGCCAAGCCAGGAAAGCAAGGGGGAAGCUAAUACACGGUGAACUGCUUUAGGAAUUCAUACCAUACUAGUCAAAGGCUUAGCUUAAUAGCCGAAUUAGCCGAGACUACCCUGAAAAGUAAGCAAGGAGAAGAAUGAAUUACGUAGGAUACUGGCUACUUGAAAUCGGUCGUGAAAGAUUGAAGCUUGCUUUGAAGGAAGAAAAGAGGGUGCUAGAUUCUAUGCCCUAGAAGCUCUUAGAAGAGAAUAUAUGAAAAGAAUAAGAAUCUUUUCAUUUUGGAAUUGAUAAGCGCAAUAGCCAUAGCCGUAGGGUCAAUCCCCAGACCAGGCCAUAACCAUAAAUGGCGAUGAGAGAAAAGCUAUUUCUUUCUGCCAGCCUACUUCCCAAGGGUGGGAAGAAUCCUGUUCACGACAACGACUCCGCUCUUUGUUGAGUGGGUAAUUUCCUUUUCUUUAAAAGAAUAGAUUCUAGAUUACUAGUCUUAGCGGAAGAGGAGCUCCUAGCGAUCCCCCGCUUUUUUACUUCUUUCUCUCUUUCCUUGGAAAGAACAGUUGUUUAUUAAGGCCUAGCUUUUGCUUUUAUAGAAAAGACUUUGAAAGUGGAAAAUAGUAGGAAACUAAAUCAUGUGUUACUAUCAUGGAAUUGCUUUGACUGAAGUUGGCCACAUACAUAGCUAUGCCAAUCUGCGUAGGGCUAGAAGUCAUUUCCUCUAGCAAGAGAGGCCUCGUGCACAGUGAUGUUGAUUCUCCCCAUUUGAGAAUUCUUGUCAAAUCAGAAAAGGAAUGUUGUUAUAUACUUGUUCUGUCAAAAACGAGUUUCAAUGAAACGUUUCAAUCUUCCGAAACUAGGCUUUGCUGAGACAGAACAUGUCCACCGUCUCAGAGAUCGCGAACUCAUAUUAUCUAUACCAUUUUGAUUUGAGUAGAACGUUCUUAUUUAAACAUUAGCUCUUGUUGUAUUGGAAUUUGGCCUUAGGUGCUUCGGCUUAACGAUAACAGCUUGACAGGAGAGGAGUGUUCCCUUCUGCUUUGCAAGUCUGCAGAGGAAAGACAAUGCUCAAUCAGAAAAGGAAAACAUUUGAUAGGGAAGUAGCAGAUUGGAUAGGAGAAAACUUGUGAAAGGAAGGAAAGGGCUUCGUAGUAAAUAAUUAGUGGAUCUACAUCCCAAUCACUUAUCAUGACAGUUCGGUGUCAUUUUGUUUGUCGUCAUUUUCCAAACAUUCGAGGUCUUAGUUGCAAGUAUGAGAAAUGUUGGUUUUGGUUAAUAAAAAUAAAACAUUCAGGACUGGAUAUUAUUUGACAAAUAAGCCUUUACUUAAUUCACGCUCUGCCCUCAAAGUAAAGUAAAGUGCCAAUUUAAAAGCGAACAGCUAGAAGCUCCCGCAUCAGAAGCUAGAAUUGACGCCACGGCACAAGGCAUCGCCUCCAUGCUAUGUGCACACGGCCCCGAAGUGGAAUGGCUAAUUUGCACAAUCUGGGAAGCCCGGCCUUCUCCCUCUCAGUUCCUCCGCAAUCGACUUACCAGAAAUCGUCGUGGCAACUCCACUUCAACCCCCCACUCUUUCCCGGUGCCUAUACUUAGCCCUUUGAAAAGUCUUCCAGUACCUCCCGCGUGGCAGCCCGUCAGAAGCAUGCCUCAUAAGAAUCUUUGUGGCGACGGUCGAAGCCUCAGACGAACCUUCCCAAUAGAGGCCUCCACAGAACACUCUAAAAAGUCAAAGGGGAGCAUGUGGUCAACCACCAAGAAUCUACCCGUGGCCGAGCUUCGUACCAUGAUCAAUUCACUCUCUCUCGAAUCUUCCGCUUCCAUGGCGCUUCUAGAUUGUUCUUUCUUGUGUUGACCGUCUCUGAAAAGCUCGGUAUGGUUCACUACAUUCCAGCACUCUUUAGGCGAUAGGGUUCUUCUUUCUCUAUUUGAGAAGGGGGAUCUGUCUAACUCGCACUAUGUUUAACCCAUUGACUUCGAAGUGGUCCUACUCUCUUCUAUCUCCGAAUCCAUUUGCGUCCAGCAGAAUCGAUCAUCGUUCCCCCACGACCAAGACCCAAUUCAAUAUCUUAAUAGGAAGAAUGUCUUGAUCCGGAAAUGAUCGUAUAUCUAUCAUUUGUGUUGAUCUGGAAUCGAGAUUGGAAUGCCUUGCUCUGCCUAAUCGUGAAUAGUAUAUGCCUCAUCCCGCUAGCCAUAUCUCUACCGUCUUAUUGAUCGAAAGCUAUGGAUACUUAUUUCUUUUCUUGAUGAUUGAAAAGCUAGUUUGAAUUCGUUGAUCUGCCGAUACCGGGCCCCAUUUCACUGGCCUGCGAGCUUGUGUAUUACUUUGCAAAUGAUAGUUAAGGGCCGCGUAUCUCUUUUAUUUACUUCUGUUGAUGUCUCGAACUGCUUAGCGGUUAGUUAAGGAUAGCCAUGCUAUUGUCCAUUCCGUCUAGCCGCAAUUGUCCAAUUAUAGUACAGUGUCAGUUAGGACUGGCCCGCAUUGGGAAUUCAUAGCCAAAUAGAGCAAAGCAAUAGGCAAGAUCAGGAAAAGCUUGAUUCGUGGCAUCUGACUAGGUAAAGUCUCGGGCGAGAUAUGCUUGAACUUAUAACGUUGUCUCGGGUGUAUAAGAUUUCUUAGAGUCUUUGUAUCCAUACGUAUGAGCACGAGCCUUUUUCCUCGUUUUGUAGUAAAAGAAAUACGAGGAUUUCCGUUUCUAGCUACUUUAUCUUUGGGACGUGGGCACUCAUCGUUCUGGUUAUUCGUCGGGGUGGUCCGGUUAGACCAAAAGAAGCCAUGGUAAUAGUGGAAGAGGAUAGUAAGCCUAUGACUCCGCCGCUAACCGGGAGAGUGAGUAAGUAAUUCCCUUGUAUGUAUGGAAUAGUACCACCGUGUUGUAGGCAAAGCAGUCCGGUAUAUUUCAUGAAAAGUAAGUUCGCGUGCCGCCUAUAGUAAGAAUGGAAUUAUAAGUCGUGAAAAGUCUUAAUUAGAAGAAAACUUGACAAAUGACGUGAUAGAGUUACGUAAGUACCCCUAUUUCUAUCUCCUCGUGCCCUUUCUUGUAGUAGUUGGUCUACCUUCUAAUCCCUUUUUUCAAGAGCUAGAGAUUGGAUUUCCAAUCCCAGGUUUCCAGGCGGGAAUAAAGGUAUAUUUCAAGCCCACGCUCUAACCAAUCAGUAGUUCCCCAGGAGUAGGAGUCCUUGCUAAAUCAGCAAAUAGCUAGAGUAAGGGAAGAAAGGAGAGAACCUUUAAAAAAGAGGGAAAGAAAGAAGAGCGGAAACUAGAACUGGAAUAAAGCAAUUCACGAAGAGUACCUAAAGCCAUAUGUCUUCACCCUGCUUCUUUUUCUCCUUGUCUUUUGCUGAGCUAGGCCCUGAGUCUCUUGUGUGGGGAGUAGAGAGAGUUGCUUACUAUACGAAAAGUCCACUAGUAUGGAUUGAUCACUAGCCCUUACUAUCAGUCACUGAUUCAAGAACGAAUACCGAUACAACCCUUCAGUUAGGACGCUAAACAGUAAUGGCUCAUCAUUCAGUAAAGUCGCAAAACAGCAAUGUGCCCUCCUUCUAACUAGUAAUAGCCUUGGGCCUUUUACAAGAUCACAGUGGGAAGAGUCCCGGCCUAUCUUCAGACCACGAGUGGCGGACUCUGUUAUGAACCCUGAGAUAAUUGUCUAAAUUAAGACAUGGUGUCUCGCAAUCUGUCUUUUCUAGCGUAAACGACUCAUACUUAUUUUCUUUCAUAUACUGUUUCUUUGAAAAAAGUAAUAAAGAUCUCGGAACAUAAAGUGAUCCAUGUUAGGUUGCACGAAUCGCAUUUCAAUAGUAAAGCGCGGGGUAUCUUUUGGCCGAAAAACCACUUUUCUUUUUAACAUCAUUGAACAUAGAAAAGAAUUCUCAAGAAAGUUGCAUCAAAGAAAGAGAACAACUAACCAUAACCCACCAUAUUAAGGUAUGGACGGUUAUCCAUUUAAAACCAAGAAUUGAAACCAUGACGUGCAUGCCAACUUUGAUGUGAUGCCGGUGAGUUAGGAAAUUAAGAGAAGAUUACCAGAUCUUGUGGACAUUCCAGUUCAAGGUUAGUCUUUUCGUUCGUAACAAACAAGCUUUUUGUGCUCGUAACAUUAGUAGUUACUCGCUCGGAUUGAGCGCUAGCGCGAAAGCCGGUGCGCGUGCCGGCGCAUCCUAUUCUUGCUGUAGUUACUCACUGGGAGUCGAAAUAGACGAUAGGCAGUAAACUGGGCCGUGGACCUAGUAUCUUAUUUAUUGUGUAUGGCAUAUUAUAAGGUAGGCAUCUGGGGAGGAUAAGUACCAGAAUCGGACAGGUGAGUAGUUCAUGGGUUUUGCGUAGGAAGUUGUUUACAAGCUAGGCAUAUUAGGCAAGUAUAUGAUUUGAAGAAGCACAGGCCAUAAAAAGUAGUUGGUAAGGUAGUAGACACGGAGUAGCAGAGAGAGAAAGACCGGAACUUGUCAAAAACAAGCAAGCGUCAGAAUAGAGCCAGCAAGCUUGGAAUGGAGAUUCGCGGCAGGCAAGGCCAUGUUGGUCAGUAGACAAGGAAACUAUAGUAGGUCGAGUUCUUAGUUCAACAUUGAAGUAGGCAUUUUCACGUACGAAGCCUACGAAGCUAGUACUACGAGACGAGCGGUACCAAAUCGCAUAACCAAAGCAAAGCUACGGCUACGGAUUCCUUUCAAAAUCCAAUAGCUGCUCCUUCCUUGCAAAAAGGAAUUAAAUACCCCAGGCAAAUCCACUUCUCGUUUCGGGGUUGGCAAGUCCCUAGAUUCUGUUCAUAUGCUUCCUAUCCGGAACAUCGAUAGCGAUGAUAUUCCUAGCGAGCGAAGGCAAAGAAGAAUAUGACGUACGAGGACUACGAUUCGUAGAUUUUCUAGUUGUAUCCAAGCAAUCCCUACCUUCUCUUCCUAUUCCUAAGGCUUUAACUAUAAGUUAGUUGUAAGGGGAUAUCGAUCAGGCAGGGGCGGGCUAUAUGAAAAGGUUCGGAGCAAAGAGGCAGCUCUAAAGGAACUUAGUACCGAAGUGAGAGUAAGGAACGUUCAAUAACUCAACUUGUUCGAGGGAGGUUGUCGGAAUGUCUCUGGAAUCCUUGCUAGAUUCUUUCUAGUUUCCUAGGAGUGUAAUCCGCGAAUAACAAUAAGGAAGGGUGGGAAGUAAAGGGUUUAUGAGUCAAAGGAGGCAGAACAUAAAGAAAAUCUGCAUCGUUGUUAUCGGAACUACUAUUCUUCUUCAUCAUAUCCAAACCUUCCGAGCUUUCCAUUUAAAGAAGGGCGCAGCAAAAGGCUAAAUCUUGGAAGCAUAGCAGGAUAUAUGAAGACAGAUCCCCUACCAUUAUUCGGCUAGCUAGGCUAACAGGCCGAAUCCUAGUUCAAGGAGAUAUGGGCAAGAUUCAGGGCGAUGUGCCAAAUAAGGUGAUUGCCAUGAUAAGCAGAUGGACAUUAAAAAUUAGGGAAUCCUUAUUUGUCCAGUUAGCGGUAAAAACCUUUGAGAAGGGUCCGUGAACCAGUCAGCAGAUGACUAUACCAGUAAUGCAGUAGACUCAGUAAAUGUCUGAGGAAGACGCACGCGCCUGGUAGCGCACCAGAAUGAAUUUACCCCAAUUAGCCGCCUAUUGGGAAAGAUAAUAGCAGGCUCAGUCCUAACUGGAGCGUAUACGGGUAUGGUUCAAGUCGAGCCAAGCCCUAUAUCAGUACUAAACAGAGUUAAUUAUACAGUCAUCAUACAGUUGUAUGCUGUUCGGUGUGGACUGCGUGGUCUCAGAAUGAACUGGAUAAUAGUAACAUGGUUGUAUCUAACGUGUCGGUGUGAAUGGAUUCAGAUCUAAAUUACUGAACCACAGAAACAGUAAAUACAGAAUGGAUGCCCCAAACGCAUAAUUAUUAAUGGUACUUAAGACGCUAAAGGGAGACUUGAGUCAUGAGUCUUGAAUAGACCAACCAAUCUCACGGUGUCACAAGUAAAUUUCUUUUCUGGUAUAUAUACUAAGCUCGAGGCUUUGAUAAUAAAUAAAAAGUAUCGUCAGAAUCCAUACUAAGAUAGUAUCCAGUAAUCCAACUCUGGUACGAAACCUUGAACUACUUGACAUGUGUAAGUUAUCUCGGUAUACGCAGAGGAUGAGUGAUGAUUGAGGAAGAUUCAGUACAUGCUGCGAUGUGUUUAGCGGAAACCCCUACUGGACAACGAGACUAGUAGAGUUGGACCGAUAAUCUUAUAGAGAACAGCUCUAUCACCAUGAGAGUUCUAUGGAGGAAAGAAUGUCUUGUAAAGACCUAUAAUAUUCUGAUGGAAUACCUAAUGGGACGUGGAUUAGACUGUUACUCCCCCACCAACAGAACGUAAAACGAUCAGCUUAAUUCAUAUCCUGAAUUAACCUGAGAUUCUGAAUAUAGACUUGCCGUAGAAAGAACUCUCAGAGUGUGCAGCCGGCCGGAUAGGAGAUGAGACUUGGGAAAAGUGCACCCUGCGGAGAAAGCGAUAGAAAGAGUAAUCAGCAUGAAAUCCAGUCUCCUUGCUCCUACUACCGUAGUUGAUAAGAAUGUUCUCGGUAGAGAGAAGGCGCGCAGCGAGGAGGGAAUUCCUUUAUUAUUUUCAGAGAAUCACCAAGGGAAAGUCGUUUCGGCCCUACCAAUAGUGGGUCAAGGUGGGCUCGGGAAAACUACCAUUGCGCGGAUUGUUUACAAUGAGAAGAGAGUAAAAGAUCGUUUUUCUUUGGAUGGAUUUCUACAAUGAUUGCAGUAUUGAAAAGAUCACUAUCGAAUGUUUCUCUUCUUUUAUAGAAACCACUUUGACUAUCGGAAACCCGAGUUUUCUACAAAAUCAACUCGUGGAGGUGGGAAGAAGGUCUUUCUUGUGCUUGAUGUAGUCUCUUUGAAAGAAGCAGGCUGUAUAAAAUAAGCCAAAAAGAGUAGUCUUGAAAAAGUCCCAGGAGUAUCCUUCUUCGUUGCUAAGCCAGUGACCAGAACUAGCCUUUAGGCAAUCGAAAGGGAAUGCUUCCGCUUAGUCACAGUCCUACCCUUUCUAUACCUGCUGAUUCCCUGGCUUCCUAGCCAUAGUUUGAUCUCGUGAAGAACCACUCUUCUUGGCUUCCAUGCCUAAUUUUCAUAGCCUUUUCCUCUUCGGAGCUGCAACUAUGUUAAGUGAAGGUCCUACUCUCGGAAUUGUCACAACUCUAGUCCUCUAGUAAUUUCGUUGAUGAAAAAGAAUGAGAACUCUUUCUCUUUUGCCAUAAAUCAACAUAAAUGUCCUUUUGGGCGGCCUGUCCCUGUCCGGUUGAGUGGUAUGCUUUAGACCUACGGUAUUCGUAUUGAAGGUAGAGAUUCAGUGGGUUUUUUAGAUAUAUCAACCUCCAUUCUUUCUUUUCUAUGUGAUUCCGGAUGUUUGGCUGGCUCAAUGCCCCUAAUGAUUGGCAAGCCCAGGAAUUGGCUUUUUCACCGUAGGUGGCAAUAGGCUUUGAAAGGUUAGAUACAUACCGCUCAUCACGUACCUUCCUCGUACCUCGAGGGUAGGGAUAAAGGUUCCCCAUGGCUUUGUUGGCUUUGCCAUCAUAAAAUGCUUAAAGGCUGCGGCGCUUUUCGUGUAGGUACACUUCGAUGUCCAAUAUCGAUUGACAGGGCCAAAUCCCCGCUUUAUCCCCACACAGUUCUUGCAUUUCAGGGUGGUAUUGGGCGAAGGGGAAUAGCUAGCUUACGAAGGGAUCCUACUUAUUGACUUAGGGCGGACGAAGGGAGCACCACCCGAGAUGGCUUUAUUAAAAGCAAUAGCUUCCAGUAGACUUCCUAUCUCCAAAGAGGUAAUAUUCCCCAUCUUCUGCAUCCGUCAAGAAAGCAGCUUACUCUCAUCAUUCCUUUGCUUUCCAUGCAAAUGGUAAAUGACAUAGAAAAAGAUGAAUGUCUUCCUUGGCUUCAUCUCGUGAAACUACAAGCUAGGAUCCUUCCUUCACUCACACCCGCGUUGAAUUGCUUGAUCGGCCCGGGCAAGGAAAUAUACUCUAUUUUCAGUUGAUGCUGGUGGGCUAGAAUAAUACUAAUAAGUAAGGGGCAGAGCGACUAACUUAAACACGUGUUUAGGUUGCGGCCCAAAGCUUAAUAUCCAGGGUGCCUAGGUUGAGCAGCUCGAGUGUAAGCGUAAAGCCACUCUACUAAAGGAGCGAUUCAGCGAAGACAUUUAAGGAAGCGUAGUGAAGUGAUCCUUUGUCCCAUAGGGUUCCGUCCCACCCAGUGGGAGCCCUGCCCUAGUACCAAGCUUGUUCAUUUCCUAUCCCCAGCCCAUCCCAUAUACCUAUUUCCCUAGGCCUAAAAAUCCAAUAAAAGAAAAGAAAUCCACUCAUGCCUAUGUGGCCGGCCUAUUCAAAGUUAAGCAAAGAGAGAUGAUAGUUCAGGAAGGAGAGCAGCUUCUCGAGAAUCGGCGUAUAGUUUAUAGGUUAGUUACCUAGUAGAGUGAAGUUCCCACUACUGGUUAUGUCAUCAAUCACCUUUCUUUGAUGUUUACUCUGACUCUGAGUGGUUAGAAGAUCAGCAGCUAACCUAUUUUCAUUUCUAACUUACCACCUGUAUCUCCGGAAACGAAAACCGGAAAUGACAAUCCUUUCAACUGUCUGUACAAAAUUACUUUGUACGAAUGCACAUCUCGGCCGUCGGGUAGCUGCUCACCAUUUUAAAGUCUAUAUCCGUGGUUCCAGAAAUGGAAUUGCUAUUCUCGAUUCAGACAAGACACUGAUUUGUUUACGAAACGCUCUUCAUUUUAUAGGAUCUCUCAUUCGUCAAAAUGGCCGUUCCUUCUUUUUAAAGACUAAUCAUUUCUUUAUAUAUUUGAUAAUGGAAAAAAUGAUAUAUUCGAUAAUGGAAAAAAUGGGGAGCUGUAUCAAUGAUUCUCAAUGGAAGAUCGGGGCUUUUUUGACCAAUUCUUAUGCUAAUCCUAAGAAAUUCCGUUCAAGAAAGAAGAAAAUCCAUUUUGGGUUGAACCAACAACCUGAUUGUGUGGUUAUUCCGAAUCCAGAUAGAAAGUCAUCGGUCAUACUGGAAGCUAAUCGAUCACAAAUACCGAUUGCAUCCUUAGUUGAUUCUACGAUCCCAUGGGAAUCCAAUAAAAGAAUCACUUAUCCCAUCCCAGCAAAUGAUACUAUACAGUUCAUAUAUCUAUUUCGUCAUUCGAUCACGAAAACAGUGAUUCUUGAACGGCCAAGAAUCACAGCAAGUGAAGCGGGUACUAGGUCCGGGGGCGGGAGGUACCUAGCCUCUGCCUCUGACCCAAAAGGGGGGAAUAGGUUUAAAAAUACCUUUUUCCUUUUUUAUUUAAAAUGUAAAAUCCUCCUUUCCUGGGUCGUCGGCUAUUUGGGAAAAAGGAGGAAAAUCACUAUUCUUUUUGUAUUUUCCGUAGCUGUUGUAGGUCUCCUUCUUUGGCUUUUUCCGGGGGUCACGGAGCUCUUUCUGGAGCUACUCAAGGAGCUCUUUCCGAAGCUACUCAAGGACCUCUUGAAUGUUGUCAUGACAUGGGUACUUUUUCUACUCCAGUCCCUCUUCGAGGGAUUUCAGGAGGCCCGCAGAGCGACCCUGGGAGGAAUGGAUAAAGAAAGUCCCUCCUGCUCCGAGGGCGAAACAGCCCUUAAGGAGGAAGAGCCCACCGUCCUCCAUAUGGAGGACGAGGACUGGAACGCCCUCUCGCCCAUACAAGAGAUCCCCCCUUUCCACUCUCCGGAAAGGGGGGAGGUUGCCCCUAACAACCCGGUUCCAGCGGGACCUGCUGCUCCUGCUGCUCCACCGGCCCCAGCAGCUGCUCCCGAGCAGCCUCUGAGUGCCAAAGACAGAAUAUUUUUCAACUUAACUCAAUUGCAUGGGUCCUUGAGCCCAGAGGAAGCUUUUUUUGGGUCCUUGAGCCCGGAGGAAUUUCUAGACUUAACAAAUGAGAUUUAUGAAAAAAAAGAGAGCAUACUGGAAGAACUUAGACGUUUAACUGGCCCAGUUAAUGGCCAAAUACUUUGGCAAGAUGAUACCUCUGGAAAUACAAUCCGAAACCCGCAAAGCGGUAAAGAAUAUGAUCCAAGUAUGUUGAGUAUGAUUCUUGAUAGUUUGCGGCAACAUGGACGAAAUAGUAAAUAUUAUAAAAGAUUCCUCAAUGAUAGGAUUGAUACCCUAAAAAAAAAUGAAUUAAUUAAUUUAGAACUUAAUGAUCCUUCAAUGGAGGAAUUGGAUCCAUUGAAUCAAGUCAAGCUACUAACUAACUGACGUUAAAUGGAGAAGGGAGGAGGAUAACAGACGUUAAAUGGAGAAGGGGGGAGGAUAAAAAAAGAACUACGAAAGCAACCCUGAUCUUUCUUCUAUGAAGAAAGUACGUAGGCACUCCUCAGCGAGGACGCGGGUUUCAAAGUCGGUUCUACACAUUCGAGAAGACACACCGGCUGGAUCAGAAUUCUAUCGGUCGCGGAGUCGGCGGACGGCUCUGCUCCAACUUCAUCGAGGUGAGACGCAAUCUCCAUGGCUCCAUGUAUUUUGCAUGCUCUAGCGUAUGUAGUGUUUCCUUCGUUAGUUUCAUUCAUUUCAGUUCGUUUCUAGUUGCUUGCUGUUUUUGGCUUGCCCCGUACCUUUAUUUGCCUUGCAUGGUUUGCCAUUUUCAUCCUGCUGUGAAACCAAUGUAUAUAGCUUUCAUUACUUGCUUGAUAAAGCCUUAAUAAAUUGCUAGGUGGAUAAGUGUAUCGCUAUGAUUGGCUAUAAGUCAAAGAAUUCAAGUUACACUAUGCUGGAAAACAAGCUAAUAUAAGAGAACCAGUAGCUUAAUUGAUAUCUCAACGUAUGAGUGAUCUGUUAUUGUAAAAUGCUCAUAUAAAAUAAAUGCGGUUGAAUUGUGAUGGUGUCUGCCUACUUGUAGUUUGUAUUUGCAGUUUAGAUGAUGUUUUAUGAUUCCUCAGUUCAUUUGAUUUCCUAUUCAAGAAAGCAGUUGAUCCCUUAGGGAACGCCGUCCUCGAGCCUUCACCGACACCCACUGAGAACUUCCAGCGCGAAGAACGCCCUCUCACAAAUAAUGAAGAGAGAAGGCUCGAGAAAGCUUUGCAACUUAAGCAAGAGAUAUCUGAUCUAUUGCAGAACAUCGCAAUAGAUAAUGGGGAGUCCUUCGCUAAUGAAACCCCCUCCGAUCUAACGGGGGCUGCCCUUAACUGGAAAGACUGCUUAUGCCCUGAAAGGCUGAGCCGAAUCAAAAGAAGCCUGGAAUUCCACCAACAGAAAUCUUCCUUUUAUGGACGGGUAAGUAAGUGGGUCACAUCCGAAAGGCGGAUUCGGAGAGGGCCGCAAUGAAGUGUGCCGAAUUUCUAGAAUUUCUUAGAGAAGAAAGUCGGCCUUAAGUGACCAACAAGUGUAACCGGAUUUAAAUUGGAUUUUCAUAAAAUAUCUUCAAAUCUCAUUCGUUUUCUAGUGUCUAACGAGGCAAAGAACUACAUAUGGUCUGAUACUUACUUCCUUGAAAAGAGGAAGAUAAGUUAUGUAGGCAGUAGCCGUUUCAGAAAUGUAGUGGUUGCUCGACCAAAGCCGGUCAAAGAAUCGAUUAUAGAUAGAAUCCUUUUUUUAAGCAAUACCGCUUCGUUAUUGGUAUGUUUAUGUUAUAUAGUAAACGGAUCAAAGGGAUAUCCUCUGGCAUUAGAGAAUAUUCAUCUUGACAAGAAAUUAUCUAUAUGUUAAGAUAUCUCUGACAAGGGCUAUAGCUCAGUUCGGUAGAGCAACUCGCUUACACGUGCGCCAAUGCUUUUCAAGGGAACUUAUUAUGCAAUGGACAUAAUUGACCUUAUUGCAAAAUCAAUGUCUUACUUCAUGGAUUCGAAAGAAUAGGAGAACAGUAGCCUGACAAACAGUCGGUUCAGUCCGAUUCAGGUGCCUAAUCAAAUAGAACCCCUAUUGAUUUGCUAGUUGAUAAGGUAAAUAUCCAGCCCACUCAAUGCUAGGCGUAAUGAGGAUAAGGGCCUCCAAAAAACUUCUUUUCGUUCUAUGAACUUUAAGGUGUAUGAAGUCUCAUAGUAAACUCUUGCAGCGGAACGAUAGAGACUCCAUUUCACUUAGGUUGAUUUCAUUUAGGCCGGAGGCAGACCUAAGUCAAGGUAAUCCUCCUUUGAAACACUGCCAGUAUGAAGAAUCAAAAAUUGCAAAUUAGCGGGUUCAAAGAAAGUUCAAACUGACCUGUCCCAUCUCAACAAGUGCAAUUUCUUUCAGGCUUAUUCACUGAAAUAUUAGAAACCCUUUUUUCUUUCGCUUCGCUCUUCACUUACUUCAUAUCCAACUAUUGAUAGCCGGCCUAGUUUCAAAGGAUACCCAGGGCGCUAAGCAUGAAUAGGAGUUUUGACAGUGAAAAACAGCAAUCAGUAUAAGAACAAAAACAAAUAGUAGAAAGGAGUUAACUUGGGUAUAGGUUUCUAGCUUGGGUGGGAGGACUCACUCACUAGGGAGGUAGCCGCAAAAAUAGGAAACAUAGGGAGUAGCUGCAAUAGAUAAUAGGAAAGUAGGUGUAAGCAGCUACCCGAUAGAAGUCUAACGAAAGUAGGAAAGAGUUUAUUGAGUGACUUGAGGGUAACGAAACCACUAUCUAUAUAGAUAGGAUUUCCUAUGCAUAAGAUUUCAGAGUAGUACUUGAAGCUUAGCACUAGCAUUGGCAUUUAGUAGUAGUUCUGGCAAUGAGUGACUACCUCUAUAUACCUUGCUCAGGGAAAGGAAUAGGCAUAUUUCUAAAAAGGAUAAGCUGGCAAGCACAGGUUUCUAAACAGGAGUUAGGUAUGGGUUGUGUGAUUUGAACGACCAAGUAACGGAUACAAGACAUAGGCCCACUAUAAAAAGGAGUUCAUUUUUGCGUAACGGUGCAGUACCGGUAUAUCCAUAUGGUUUAGGUCAAGUAGUUGGAUAAGCUGGAUAGGUCAACAAGUGAGUACGUUGAGGGAGCCGUAGUUGAUUUGUUUUUUCGUUUUCACGGGCAGAGACAGGUAUAGUUGUUUUUACAAGGGCUAUUGUUUAGCCAAUAGAGACAUAUUGAAUAGGUCAAUGCUAGGAAUAUGCAGUCACAGAUAAGAUAAGUAAAGAAUAAGUGAGUAUGUACGAGUCAACUCAUAGGUUUAGUAGGGCUACUAGAAAGAGGAGCUUGGGACAGAGCUAGCAAGAUAUGAACCACGAGCAGAGGUUGUCCCUUGAAAGAAGCACCGACCGGUAUAGGCAUCUGGUUAGGUCAACAAGUUGUUGGUUGGCAUUCAAGGUAUGUGUAACGUUGAGAAACAGGUGCUAGGUAUGAACGAGUAAGCUACUAAAAAUAGGCGAGAUAUGGUUUCAAUAGCCUAAGAGUGGCAUUCAUGGAAAGGGAUUCACAGAUAGGCAUUCAGUGGGCAUGGGAAAGUUCAGUUAUGUAUGCAAGAGACAGGUAUGCACGGAAUAGGGAUAAGCGAGCACCGGGAGAGAUAUGGCAGUAAUAGGACUAGGUUUAGAGAAAUAGGCAUAUGUGAAUAGGGCUACUAGAUCAUUAAAGUAUAGGUUUUGGGUAAGCUCGCUCAUAUCGAAAGAAGAAAUCGAAGGAAAUGAAGCAUAAGCUGACUAGGUAAAAUCCUAGGCUGUUUCGAUAG